AUGCUAUAUAGAAAUAUUUCGCCUCGACCUAGAAAAUCAAGAUCUAAUACAAGUUCCGUUCGUAGUAUAAGUCCUCAACUUGUUAUUAUUAAUCGUGAUCAAAAUGAUGCUUUACGAAGGGAUGUGGAAGAAAUUGUAAUAAAUUUUGUUAAUGCUCGAGAGAAAGGAUAUAAUUUUGUUUCGGUAGCUGAUUGUAUUACUAAAACCAUUGACAAACAAAUUCAUGAACCAAAUUUAAUUUUUUAUUGGCUACUUAAUAAUCAAAAUACUGUUCAAUAUAUAACUUUAUUAGGAUUUUUUUAUUUCCAAGAUAUUAAUCAAAGUAUUGGUCAAGAAAAUAAACGAAAAGGUUUUCACUUAUUUCUUACAGCCGCGAAAAUGGAUUAUUCAAUAGCUCAAGAUUUAGUAGCCGAUUGUUAUUGUUUUGGUCAUGGAACUCCUAAAAAUCCGGAUUUAAGUUUUGAAUGGUAUCAAAAAGCGACUCAUAAUGGUAGUAUUGAUGGGGAAUUUGGUUUAGGUUAUUGUUAUGAUAUGGGAAUUGGAGUAAAGAGUAAUUUAAUUAAAGCUAUUCAACAUUAUAAAAAUUCUUCGAAAAAAGAAAAUCGAUCAGCGAUGUUUUUAUUAGCUCAAUGUUAUGAUUUAGGAUUAGGUGUUGAAAAAGAUUAUGAACAAGCGAUCAAUUUGUAUAAGAAAGCUAUAGAACAUGGAAAUACCGAUGCUUAUCAUCACGAAUCACGUAAUCCAAGUCCAACACCUAAAUUAUCAAAAUCAAGGAAUGCAAGUCCAACACCUAAAAUAUCAAAAUCACGUAGUCAAAGUCCAUUACGACCACAUUCACGUAGUCAAAGUCCUUUACGACCACAUUCACGUAGUCAAAGUCCUUUACGACCACAUUCACGUAGUCAAAGUCCAUUACUUUCUCUUCAUUCUUCUCUUUCACGUUGUACGAGUCCAAUGUCAUCUUCUGUAUGUAGUUCCAUAAGUAGAGAAGAAAGUGAUGCAAUUAAAAGAAUAGUUGAUGAAAUAGCGGAUAAAUUUAUAGAAUUAAAAGAUAAAGGACACCUUGAUGAAAAAAUUACCAAAUUUAUUUAUGAGAUUAUCAUUUCCAAUGAUCGAGAACCAUUUCAAAUUUAUGAUUGGUUAUCAAGUAAUCAAAAUACUGUUCAACAUAUCACUUUAUUAGGUUACUUUUAUUUGGAUUCAAUUGGAACUAAUGAAGAUUUAAAAAAAAGUUUUAAUUGUUUUCUUACCGCUUCAAAAAAGGAUUAUCCAAUAGCUCAAGAUUUUUUGGCGGAUUGUUAUAAUUUUGGUUUGGGUACAAUUAAGAAUGAAGAACUUUGUUUUCAAUGGUAUAACAAAGCGUAUGAAGGUGGAAGUAUAAAUGCGGAAUAUGAAUUAGGUGAAUGUUAUAAAUCCGGAUUUGGAUCAAAAGAGAGAAAUGUCAAAAUUGCAUUAGAACAUUUUAAAAAUUCCGCAAAGAAAGGAAAUAUAUCUUCAAUGUAUUGGAUGGGUUGGUGUCAUGAAAAAGGUAUUGGAACUGACAGAGAUCUUAAUGUAUCAAUAAAUUGGUAUAAGAAAGCGUUAAAAAAUGGUAAUUUAAUGGCUCAGAAUUCUCUUGACAAAUUACAAUAUAAAUUAAAUAAAUCUAUUCAAACUUCAUCAAAUCCUUCUUCUUCAGAGGAUGAAGGUGAUGAGAAUGUAGAUAAUGAAUCAAGUUCACCACAGAAUCAAAAAGAAAAUUCAAUUGUUAUACCAAAACAUUUAGAUGAAUCAGAGAAAUAA